AUGAAAUUAUUUAGACAACGAAAAUUACUUCAUGUUCAAUUACAGAAAACAUUUGUUGAUGGUAAUUGGUAUCGUCCCAUGUUGGUCAUUGAUUUAUUUCUUCUUAUACCAAUUAAUCAUAUGUAUGCUGUAUUGCUCCGAGUUCUUUUUGUAAUUGAAGUUUUUCGAUUUCAUCGGAGAAAAUAA